AUGUACGGAUUCAUCGCAACUGCGGCUCUUUUGGCCACCACUGCGCGUGCGCUCUCCGUUGGUAGCGCCGUUGUUGUCAAUGGCUGCGAGUACAACGUCUACCUUGCCGACGUCCCAUCUCAGCCCAGCAACGGCACCGAGAUCGACAAGACACUUGCGCCGGGCGCCACCUUCACUCAGCAAUGGACCGAGCUGAGCAACCUUGCUGGCUGGUCGAUCAAGCUGUCCAAGGACACAACCUUCAAGAACAUCAUGCAGUACGAGUACACCUUUCAGAACGACGGCAUCAUCUGGUACGACCUGAGCGACGUGGACGGUAACCCGUGGGACAGCAAUUGGGAAAUCACUGCUGAAUGCGCUUCUUCCGUCUGCGCACCCAAGCAACAGGCUUACCGUUACUCCACCGAUGAUGCCUAUGGCAUGCAAGCAUGCGCUCAGGAUGCCGUCAUCACCGUUCUCCUCUGCUCUGGCGAGUCCCAGAAUGAUGGUGAUACCUCUGCUGCAUCUUCGUCCGUUGCCGCACUGAGCACAAGCAUUGCUUCUGCCACCACUACAACUGCAGCGGCGACCACCUCGACAAGCUCGACGUCGACCAAGUCAACCACCACCAGGAACCACUACCACGGGUACAACGCAGUCAAUGCUGAUGAUUCAUCGUCCGCGACGACCUUCGCAACCUCGACUACUGCUGUCUCCUCAAGCACCAUCACCACCACUACCACCGGUGGCGUCACCGUCACCGAGGUCGAGACCGCCGUUGUCACCGACAUCGUGUACGCGACCGCUUACGUCAACUCGCGUGUCAAGCGUAACGAGGCUGCUCUUCGUCACCAACACCAUGCUCGCCAUGGUCACGUCAACUAA